UUUACUUGCCCAGCGAUGGCGUCCACCCCACCAUAGACAUUGAACAUCCCUUCCAAUCUCGUGGUCUUUCACACUGUCAAACGAAAUCAUGGCGCAGAAAUUGGAUCAACUACCCCCUGAGAUGCUCGACUUCACGCUUCUCAAGACUGCUGGGGCUCUCACACCGCGACUUGGACGCUUGGCGGUGCCUGGAAGAAAGACCUUGUUGACCCCAGACUUCCUUGGUAAUACGUCGAGAGGCGCCAUUCCCCACCUAUCGCAGGACAACUACCGGAAAAGCGUCGACAUCAACGGCGUGUACAUUGCGCUUGAAGACUUCGUCGAGAAAUACCCCGCGAAGACGCCGCCAGUCCUCAGCUACGAUGUACCCGAACCUCUCCGCCAAUUCAUUGCUCUCCCACAUGACACGCUCGUCGUCCUCGGCGCUCGUCGCAAUCCGCCGAUACCAUGUCCCUCCGCGAACACAAACACAGCCAUCUCGCUGUUGACGUCAGUAGGCUUCCGGUCUGUGAGCUCAGAGUACUACGCGGCCGCGAUACAGAAACUCAAACCGGAUAUCGUGGUGGGGUUGGCCGACAUACCCUUUGGCCAGGACUCAAUAGGCACCAAGAGGAAGGAUAAGAUGAGUGAUCGAACCGAGACAUGGCUGAAGGAUCUUGUUGCUAAGGGAAGCGCGCUGGGGGAGGAAGAGCAGAAAUGGAGCGUGUUUGCGCCGAUACUGCCCAUUGAGCGAGAUCUGCAGUCGUGGUAUCUAGAGCACUUGGUCGAAGAUAUGGCGGACAAAAUCAGCGGUGUCGCAAUCUACGACGCCUAUCUCCUGGAUGACCUGCCAGAGCAGCUCUACCACCUCCCUCGAUUGUCUUUCCACGCGCCAGCCAGCCCUCACGAACUAUUGCGUCAGAUCAGCCUGGGCAUGGAUCUUUUUACCGUGCCAUUUCUCGCAGACGCAACAGAUGCUGGCAUCGCCCUCGACUUUACGUUCCCCGCCCCAUCCAAAGAUGAGUCGUCAAGCGCAAGGAAAUCGCUGGGGAUUGACAUGUGGCUCGAUAUGCACGCACAAUCCGUCAUUCCUCUCUCAGUAGACUGCACAUGCUACGCUUGCACCAAGCACCACCGUGCAUACGUUCAGCAUCUACUCGCCGCGAAAGAGAUGCUGGGCUGGGUGCUUAUCCAACUGCACAACCACGCUAUUCUCUCAGCCUUCUUCUCUGGUAUUCGUGCUUCCAUCGAAGCCGACACCUUUGACGCCGAGGUUGCGACCUUUGAAGCUUACUACGAGCCCGCACUACCCGAGAAGACUGGGCAAGGGCCAAGAGUGAGAGGCUACCAGUUUAAAAGCGAGGAGCAUGCGAAAAGGGAAAAGAAGAAUCCUAAAGCGUUUACAAAGUUUGAUGAAGAGCAGAUUGCAGAACUAAAGAACGCGAGUGAGUUACAAAAGGACAGGAAACUGCCAGCAAGUAAUGUUGUUGAUGAUGAGGCAUUGAUGGGACUUGUGGGGUUAAAUGGUGUUAAUUUCAAUGCGGAUCCGGUAGAGGGGUUGACAAUAGAGGAUGAUAAGAAGACCACCUACCCUUACGUCCGAUGCACUCUGAGGACCGUUCAAAAGGCGCCAAACAAACUCGUGGGUGUGCUCAGAUGCUGUGCAAUAAGCGUUGAAAACGCAAAAACAGACGGUGUCAAGGCUCUGGAUCAAUGCACAUAUCAGAAACGCACAACUACACCACAGAACAAGGACACUGUGGGUCAUGAAGACUCAGGAUCGAGUCAGUUGUCAGAGAAGGAGCGCGUGUAA